GUGCUGUGCGGCGGGCGGCUCGGCUGUCGGCGGCUGCUGAUCUUCAGGAACACAACAAGGUUGUCUCUGCAACACAGUCCCUUCAGAGUAGUUGACAGAGGAUUGUAUUUGUGCUGACUCCUGCUGGAAUACACCUUUGCUGCCAUCAACUGGCAGGAAGUCUCAAAUACAUCUCCUAGAGGUUACUCUGCAUGUUUGAACUGGACAGUGAAUGCUGGAUCUUAAUCUAACCAGAAACACUACUGUAGCUGAGUGACCCUGAGGUGGCUAGCUACACACUACAAAAUGAAGACACAGAGUCACUGACUUGAAAUCAGAAGUCGAAUGAAUGACGGGGCGCGGUGCGCCUUUAGUAUCCGAAAACUUCCCACGCUACAGUACGUGUGCUAACAUCACGCACAGGUCACCUGACCUUCCCGCAUGCUGGCUUUCCUAGCCCGACGAUGGGGAAGAAGGAGGGCCCAGCGCCAUCUUGAAUCAGGGCCUCCGACGACGUUCGCAAUGUCGGGAGCCGGUUCGAUGCUGGUGCGACUUAACUCUGCCAAGACAGGUCACACUCUUGGGCCUAUGCUACACUGUCACUACUCAUCCAGUGCACAUGCCAACCACAAGUAUGUACCACGGAGAGCUGUCCUUUAUGUGCCUGGAAAUGAUGAAAGGAAACUCCAGAAGAUCCCCAGUCUCCGUGUAGAUUGUGCUGUGCUCGACUGUGAAGAUGGAGUUGCAUUGAACAAAAAGGAAGAGGCAAGGCAGACCAUCGCAAAGGUGCUCAGUCAACCUCAGGUGGCACACACAGACCUGUGCGUCCGGAUCAACUCUGUCUCAAGUGGCCUCGCUGAGCUCGACAUGGAAGUCAUCUUACCCUCUGAAGACCGCCCUCCGACCUUGAUGCUCCCCAAAGUUGAAAACACCGAAGAAAUAAAAUGGUUUGCAGACAGAUUCGCAAAAUACUCAAAGGGUCGGACAGUAAAGGAGCCAAUGAAUUUAAUCACUUUUGUGGAGACAGCAAUAGGUUUGCUGAAUUUCAAGGAUGUAUGUGAAGAAGCUCAACGUCUUGGAGCCUCUGCUGGCUUCCAGCUUGAUGGAGUGGUAUUUGGAUCAGAUGAUUUCUGUGCCAGUAUAGGUGCUACAAGGACUGAAGAUGCCCGGGAGCUUAUAUACGCAAGGCAAAAGGUUGUUGCAACAGCAAAAGCUUUCAGUCUGCAAGCCAUAGAUCUGGUGUAUAUUGACUACAAGGAUGAGAAGGGCCUAAGCAAGCAGUCAAGAGAGGGUGCCCUGAUGGGGUUCACUGGUAAACAAGUGAUCCACCCCAAUCAGAUUCCAGUUGUGCAAGAAGCUUUUUCUCCAAGUGUCGAGAGGGUGAAAUGGGCUUGGGAAUUGAUUGAGGCUUUUGAAGAACAUCAAAAACUGGGAAAGGGAGCCUUCACUUUACAUGGAAGUAUGAUCGACAUGCCAUCUCUGAAACAAGCACAAAAUGUUGUCACACUAGCCACGGCCAUCAAAAAAAUGUGAAAGCUCAAAGAAAUGGGUUUGUACCAUAGAUCACUGGUGAAUGCAGUGGACAGAAGUAAACAGAGGGAGAGAGAGAAACGAUUGCUUGUGUCAAAUGUUAUGGAGGUCACUGCAACACUAAUUAUAUUUUUUAACAAUAUGACACCUUAAGGCCCACACCAUUGUAAUUUAAAAAUAAACAUUUUGUUUAAUCUCUUGGAUACUGUCGUCAUAUGAGAUUGUCUAGACCUAGCACUCCUACUGAGCAUGUAACGAAACCCCAGUAACUUCCUACUGUAUAGUUAGGGUCAUUGAAAUAGGCAAAGCCUUGGUAAUUUUUUCAGAUGUGGCGAUUAGAAGCAGGGUGUACUGGAACUUCUGUGGACAUCUGUUAAUUUCUGCAUCACAUUAAAAUCACUACUUCUGAUCAGAUGUGUCAGCUGGUUAACAGACUGGGGUGCAAGACUGUUUAACUACAGGUUUGUCCAGCUUCUAGCUGGGUAUAUAAACAUAACAAUCAUCCAUUGUCACACAGUACAGAAGAGAUCCAUCCUACAGUGUACAGUGUUACAAAGGGGCAGAUCUUCAGUACUCUGCAACUUAAAUAUACUGUAUUUCCAAGAAUCAGAAUCAGAUUUAUUAUCACUGACGUAUGAGGUGAAAUUUGUUGUUUUGCAACGACAGUACAGUGCAAAGACAUAAAAAUCUAUAAAUUACUAAAAUAAAUAAAUGGUGCAAAAUAAUGCAGUAGUGUUCAUGGGUUCAUGGUGUUGAGAGCUUCAGGAAGUUUAAGGCUUAAAGAAUAAUUUUUAAAAUAUAUUUGACCCUAUCUCAAGGCCAAUACAUCAGCCAUUAGUUCCUCUAUACACAGAAAUUGUACAAUAUAGCUCUUUUAAUAUUCCCUAAAAUAUUUUAAAAAUGAAUGCUGAUUGAUCUGAAGUAUUAAUGGAGAUUGAUUUUUAAUUGUAACACUUCUGUGUGUCAAAUUUAAAAAUGGGUGUGUUCUUAAAUUAUUGACAGGAUAAAUACAGAGAGGGUAUUUUGUUUAGCUGAGGGUUUAGAACUAAGCAGCAUGAUGUUAGGGAAAGAAGUUUCCAUUUAGGACUGAGAUGAGCAAAGGUUUCUCCUUCUAUAAUUCUGGAGAGCCGUAAAAGACUGUGGCUGUUCAAUUGCUGAGUAUACUUCAGACGGGAAUUACAGAACUUCUGCACACAGAGGAUACAGGGAUCAAGUGUGCAAGUGGACUUGAAGCACACGAUCAGCCAUAAUCUUAUUGAAUAGCGGCACAGGACAGGGAACAAGUAGCUUUCUCCCUUUUCUUAUGAUGUUUGUCUUUGCUUCAUUGUCUGUGGUUAAUUGCAUUUUAACAUUUUUAAAAGGCAGUAAUUGAAGUAUAUGAUUAAACAUGCAUUUAUUCUCAUUUAAUUAAGGAACGACAAUUCUGGACCAUCUCAUUUUGUGCCCGCUUCUCUGGACCCAUUUUGUACCUUUAUGCUUCCAAAGGUUUAUUACUUCACCUCCUUGUAUCAGCUGUGGCUCAGUGGGUUGCAGUCCUGACUCUGUUAGCAGGAUAUGGGUUCAAGUCCCACUUCAGAGGCUUGAGCACAAAAUUCCAAGCUGACACUCCAGUGUGGUACUGAGGGCUGUCACAGGUUCAGAUGAGACAUUAAGCUGUGGGACGACUCAGGUAAAUGGAAAAGAUCCUAUGGCGCUAUUUUAAAGAAGAGCAGGGGAGCUCUACAUGGUGUCCUGGGGUCAAUAUUUAUCUCUCAAGCAACAGCACCAAAAACAACUCGUCAUUGUCACAUUGAUCUUCAUGGGAGCUUACUGUGCACUAACUGACUGCCACAUUUUCUACAUUAUGACCACAUUUCAAAAGUGCUUCAUUGGCUGCAGAGCACUUUGGGAAAGGGAAGCAAAAGGUUCUACGUAAAUGCAAGUCUCUGAAUUGAGAAUACUUCACAGUAUCAGUAGUAUUGCUUUCACACAGGGCAAGUGGAGAUGCUAUUUAGCUACACGGUGACUUAAGACUUUCAUCUGGAUAAGGUCAUCAAACAAAGCAAACUAUUUUUGGUGUAUACUUUACUCACUAGGAUUACAGUAAAAUCAAACUUAAGGACAAUCCAAAAAAUCCUUUUCUACAAAUCAGGCUUCUAAUAUAGAGCAAAAAACAAACUACUGGCAGAACUCAGUGGGUCAGGCACAUCUGUGGAGGGAUAGUUGACAUUUCAGGUUGAGACCCUGCUUCAGAAUUCUAAUAUGAAUCUAGGUUUACUAGUAACUCUGGUGGGCAUGUAGGUCAUGUAGCAUUGAAAGCACAAAUAGUGCUGCCAAAAACCCUUCGGCUCCGUAAAUAAUGGAGAAUAGAUGCUACUUGAUAGCACUGAGCAAAAAAAGUACUAAGUAUUACAAAUGUCUUGCAAAUAACAAUUUGAUCAUAACAGCCGAUUUAUCCAGCUUUCCCAGAGUAGAUAGGUCAUUUGAUUUGGCAUUGAAUGCAUACUUUCUUGCAGACAAAAGAAGUUAAGCCAAGGCUUCUCAGGUGGACAUUCAAGACUCUGGGCACCAUUUUGAAGGUGGGCAGGGAAUUCUUCCCAGGUGUCUCAAUCAGUAGAAGAUCUGGACAUUCUCACAUUGCAUGGUGUAGGAUCUUGCUGUGUGCAAAUUGACUGGCAAGUCUCUAACAUUGCAGCAGUGACUAUAUUUCAAAAAGUACUUCAUUGGCUGUAAAUUGCUUUGGAAGGUUUUGAAGUCAUGAAAGAUAAUGUGGAUGUGCAUAUCUCUGAAUAUGAAAUAGACUGAAAUUGAUUGUUUAUUUCACAGUGGUGUGAGAGCGUUCUGCUUUGGAGCUGAUAAUGUAAAUUCAUAGAGAGUCAGCAUUCAAAUAAUGUUAGCAACUGUUUUGGUUCCAUUUAGUAUCAGAUACGUUCAGUAUUAGUUAUAUGUUUAUUUAAAUAUAUGAAUUUUCUUUAUCCAUUUUGCCACACAAUAUUUUUAUAAAUUGUUAAAUUGUAGUGCAUUCCUAGGCUCUCUUAGCGUUGCAUUUAUUUAAACAUGACUGAUUCUUUUUAAAGUGGCUCAAUUUUAUAGUGUGUGAAUACAUGAAUACUGUUCCUUUUGAGAAUAUGAUCAGUGACUCAAGUGAACUGAUUUGUCAGGCAUAAAGGGAUCUCAAUUCUUGUUGGACUUGAUGCUUCACAACUUACCAGAACAAUUCCAGGGCAAAAAUGGUUAAAUGCAAAGAUCAGGUUAAUGUUUCUUCGAGAAGACAGAAGACAAAGGGUUGAUCUAACCAAAAUGCUUCAGAUGAUUGAUGGAUUUGAUAAGAUUGAUGCAGGGACUUUAUUUCAUCCUGGUGGGGACAAGUCCAGAAAAAAAAUGACCGAACCUUGUAUCGAGAAGCAAGCUGUUCAGGGGUGUUGUCGGCAAACACUGAUGACAGUCUGAACCUCUCCCCACUGAAGGCUCUUGAAGCCAGUGGGUGAGCUGCAAAUUUCAAAACUGAGAUUGAUGAGCUUUAGUGAUUGAGGGCAUUACAGAACCAAGACGGUGAGAUGGAGUUAUGAUUUGUACCAGCCACGACCUAAUUACAUGCUGGAAUAGACUCAAGGGGCUGAAUGGUCUUGUCCUAGUUCACUGGUCCAGUCAGGGGCACUCACUUGAGGAGAGCUGGAUUUCUUUCAAAAUAUCUAGGAAUUCUGAUUCACUUCACACUGCUUUUAGCCUUCAUUCUAUAGCAACAUAUGCACCCUCAAUGCAGUUCAUAACUUGCAAGGAUAAGCAUGUGAUUCAGACAUAUUCAAAUAACCAACCCACAACUUGGGCAUAAUUGCGAUUGUGACAAAAGAGACUCGUUAUAUGAAAUUAAAGUGCGUGCUUCCAAAGGCACAAUAAAUGAACUUCAUCUCUCACUGUCAUGUACAAUGUAUACACAAGCCUACCAUAAUACCGCUGCCUGACCCCAACUGUAGCCACAUUAUUUAUUGCAUUCCGCUAACCUAUUGACUUAGUGUUACAUAUAAUUGUU